UCCUCUCUCCAGUGUUUGGGCUCGGCAACUUCUCGCGGUCUUACCAGACUGCAGCCGUUUAGCAAACUCGUCUCCGGUGUCUCUCUGUGGAAGGCGGGGCUACAAAAGGGAAUCUGCGCGGUGAUUGGUUUCGGCACGUUAGGAACGUGACUUCGGGGAGUUGGAUAGUCCACGCCGGGCAGUGAUUGGUUGCCGAGAGGCGGGGCGGCUCGAUCGCCGAAGUAGCCGCCGCCGUGAGGGGAGCCAUGGGUCAGGCGGCCAAGGUUUUACAGCUCUUUAAAACAUUACACAGGACCAGACAACGGGUUUUUAAAAAUGAUACCAGAGCAUUAGAAGCAGCCAGAAUAAAGAUAAAUGAAGAAUUCAAAAGUAAUAAAAGUGAAACUUCUCCCAAGAAAAUAGAAGAGCUAAUAAAAAUAGGUUCCGAUGUUGAAUUGUUACUCAGAACAUCUGUUAUACAAGGUAUUCACACAGACUACAAUACACUGAAAUUGGUCCCUAGGAAAGAGCUCCUUAUAGAAAAUGUGCCAUAUUGUGAUGCACCAACUCAGAAGCAAUGAGUUUUCUAGGAUAAAAUCCAAGUCUUUUAGUUUUUAAUCUUGAGUACAUAACUCUGGCAAAAGUUUUGGAAAUGCAAGUAUUUCAGAACCAGCCUAUUGAAAAUGAAUGAAUUAAAGUAUCACUUCAUAAUUAAAUUUCACAUUAAAAGGACAUUGCUGAAAACUGCAGAACAUAGUUAAAUAUUCCUAGACAGCAUUAAAUAAGACAUGUAAUUUGCUUUAAAAAUCAAACUUUAUAAACUAAAAUAAAUGCUCAGGAGGUAUAUCAUACUCAUUUCUCUUUGACCUUGAUGAGUAUUUUGGUCUUUUUUUUUUAAGAUUUUAUUUAUUUAUCUGAUAGAGAGACAGGGAGAGUGGGAGCACAA